GAACAUUCAGCAAAAACAAGUGAAAUAUGGAACCCUCCUCAAUACCAAGCCCAGACACAAUGAGGACAUAUUGAAUAAAUUUAUAUUAGACAUAAUUCGUGAAGACCCAAGACUAUUUAAAAAGUACAUCAUCCUGCAAAGAGAAACAAAUUUAAUAAAGAAAGAACAUCUAAUAAAUGAGCUAAUAGAUGAACUUAUAGGAGCGGAAAAGUUGCUGAUAGAUAAUCCUGCAAAAAAGAGACCACCGGAAAGGCUAAUCAGAAAGCCUAAUAACUAUAUUAAGCACAAAAGUGAAGAAUCUGGUGAUGCCAAUGGAAUGUUUAAGGCUAAAGGACUUGAUGAACAUGGAGUUGGAGCUAAAGAAAACAAAGCAAGUGGAUGGUGUUUAAAGCAAGUGGAAGGUGGUAAUGAUACUGGAUGA